AUGGAAGACGUUACGCAGCGCAAGUGGCACAUCACGGUUCGCAACUCACGAGGUGUCACUCACUUCACACCUGAAGAGAGUCCAGAGCUACAGAAAAACUCGUCGUCCACUGCCGUAUCUUCCUUGAACUUCUCCACCACCUGGCACGCUCUCCUUUGGCCCGCAUUCACGGCCAUCCUCAGUGCUUUCUUUCUUCUCCUCAGCUGGCGUCUCACCGGCUGUCGAGUGUGGCGGGAUUUUAAGUCCUCUGAGAACAUGACCACCUCUAAUUCCAAGCCAUAUGCCACCGUUGUUACUUCUACCUCCAUUAUUUCCACUGCUACAGCCUCUGCCGCCAAUUCUAAUGGGUGGAUCAGCUUUAUCGAGACCCAUCACUGUACCACACUCCUUGAGUUUGGUCGUGGUGUAGAUAACCACCAACGGCAAGUCGAUCACCACUUCCCAGCGCAUCUUCAGCACUCCUACUUGACAAUGAGAUCACUUCAUUUUGUAUUGUGUGUCUUUCACCUGCGAGGCUGUCGCUGCAAGCGGUUCUUCCAACCCAAGACAGCCACAGAUAUCUACUUCACAGUCACGCCUACCAAGUACAACAUUAUGAACAUUAUUCGAGCUCACCAAGUUUUCCAGGAUGGUGCUAAAGUUUUCAAUAAAAAGCUUGUGUCAAUUUUUUCCGCACCAAACUAUAUGAAUAGGCUUGGGAAUAAGGGAGUGGCCGCGACUUUAAAGAAACAAGGAGAAGGUUUUCAUACACUUGUUGAAUUUUUUGAACCAGCUAACAUAGAGUACAUGAUACCAUUUAUGGUGUAA